AUGGACGAUGAUUCUGGGUCGCUCCGUCGAAUGUCGACCAGAACCAGAAAAGUGGCCUCCAGAAUGGCCGCCGCCCUUGCCAGCACCGAUAAUCGAAACCAGGCAGCUCUUGCACGGCUGGAAGCGCUGGAGAAUGACAAUGCGGGAAUGGAGACGAUAGAUGUUAAUGAUGAUGAGGAUGCUUCUCUUGACGAUGAUGAUGAAGGGUAUGCACAAAAGAGGCAAUCCAAGGGCACAAAACGAACGACCCGGCAGGCAAAAGCUCUCGAGAAUGCCAGGAAGGCCCCAAGAACAUUCCUUGAACUGGUACAUGAGGCCAACCUUGAAUCUUUGCCUCCCCAUGUUCCCUCCUAUUUGAGAGCAGCAGUAGGACCUCCAAGCUCCACCUCCCGGCGCCAUUUCUGCACCGUCUGUGGAUUCGCUGCCAACUAUACAUGUGUGAGGUGUGGGACACGCUUCUGUUCAACCCGGUGCCAGAACAUACACAAUGAUACACGUUGCCUAAAAUUUGUUGCCUGAUCCUUGGCUCAACCUCCUCCGAAUUUGCAAAAUACUUGUAACAGUCAGAAUUAAAAUUUUAAAUUGUGUAUAUGGAUUGCUCCAAUGCUUUUUUGAUCCAUGGGUAGUUGUGAUCGAUCCGGGUAGUUUGUAUGGAGGGAUUUGGAGUCUCGUUUGAUU